UCAUUGAGUUCUAUAAUAACUCAAUGGUUGUAUACGUGGCUAGUGGAAAACAGGCUUAUACACAUAUCAGUGAUUGCACAUCUGUAUAGUAUAGUGCCUGCCGUUCGAAGAUAACCAAAUGCCCGGGAAAUAUUUUAUAAAACCGGCCUUCGCUAUUUUAUUGAUAAGUUUUCUGGUAUUUCUAUGGGUAGCUCUACACAUGAAAUGCGAAGACGGCGUAUCACGAAUAAAAAUGUGGACAUCUAUUUUCGACUCGUCAAUGAGCGAAAUUUCUUACGUGGAUUGGUCGAAGGUGAAGCCUAGAAAAAAAGUAAACAAGGAAGAACAUCAUGACAAGUGGAUUGUUGUCACUUCUAUCGCCCAGCCAACAGAGCAGGUGAAGAAGCUGGCGGUAGUAGAAGGAUGGAAACUUCUCGUAGUUGGCGAUUCAAAAACACCGAAAGACUGGAGCCAUCCCAAUGUUGUGUUUCUCAGUGUUGAGAAGCAAAAGCAACUUGGCUAUAAAACAACUCCGCUUAUGCCUUAUAAGAAUUACGCUCGAAAGACUAUUGGUUACUUGUAUGCCAUUGAACAUGGUGCUAAAAUUAUUUAUGAAACAGAUGAUGACAACUAUCCGUACGAUGGAAAGAUUGGAUUCAGUCUAGAUGGGGAAAAACAAUUUUUGGUGUAUGCAACCGACAAGAAGGUGGUGAACCCUUAUGAACAUUUUGGCCAAUCAUCCAUAUGGCCUAGAGGUUACCCAUUAGAGAACAUAGGUGAUCCUCCUCAACAUACUUUUGUAAAAUGUGAUAAAAUCCAACCACUUAUUCAACAAGGUGUUGUAAAUGGUGACCCAGAUGUAGACGCAGUUUUUCGUCUUACCCGGAAGGAUGUGGGAGUUAGGUUGGAUGUAGAAUUUGAUUCAAAGGCCCCACCAGUCCUUAUACCUCCAGGAUCUUAUUCACCGUAUAACUGUCAAAAUACAAUAUUUCUGUAUGAUGCAUUCUGGGGCCUGGUACUUCCUCCCAGUCAAACGUUGAGAGUGACAGAUAUUUGGAGAUCAUUUUAUAAUAAGCGUCUCCUGGAAGAAAUAGAUGGUUAUUUGGGAUUUUUUGGACCAAAUGCAUAUCAAGAAAGAAAUUCACAUAGUUACCUUGAAGAUUUUAUUGAUGAGAAAGCUCUCUACUAUGAAUCAGGUCGCUAUAUUGACUUUCUAAGGAAGUGGAAACCAACAAAAUCGGACUUAUUUAGCCGAAUGCUUGAGUUGACCAUCGCACUUAUCAACGAAAAGUUCUUAGAACCAAUUGAUGGUCAUGUUAUAAAAGCCUGGUUAACCGAUCUUGUUAGUAUGGGUUACGUGGUACCUGAGCUUCGCACACAAAAAUCUCCCUGUGCUACCAUCAUUGAAAAGGAAAAAGUGAUACCACACAAUGAGAAACCGUCAUCAUUCAUUCAUUUAGGCAAACAACUUAAAAAUAUUUUUAAACAAUCGUAGACAUGUUGUUUAUUUAAUUUAUCUUCUUAUCAUGUUUAUUAUAAAAAUUUGCUAAUGUUUACAUGGAAGUAAUUAUUCAACACGAGAGAAAGAAUUAACAGAGCAAAGAAGAUUUUCA